AUGGACCGGAUUGAAGUAACAUCCCUUCUGGCGCUCGGUCAGCAAUACACUGCCAUUACCAUUGAUAAGGCGGAAUAUGAUGAUGGUGACGAGAUCAGCUCAACGACUUCCAGUGAAGAGGAGGACUAUGAUGAUGACGGUACUCCAGAGCCCGAUACCGAUGAUGAUGAUCCAUGGGAUGACACGAACGAGGACGAGGACGAGGAAAGGGACUAUGAGCGCCAUCAGACCCUUCAUAUCGUUUUAGACCAUGUUGACGAGGGUAGAGAAACAUCCAGAGUACUCCACCGCCCACGGUCAUCUCGACAACAAGAGGAGUUGCCCGCAACUGCGAGGAAAGCUCCAUGCCGCUACAUCUGUGUUGUUGUGGAAGAUAGUGAUGAGGACGGAAUACUCAUCCAGCAGCCACGUCGACGACUCCCAAACCGCUUCCCACGGACGACCACGACGACGACAACGUCAACGAUAACAGCAUGCCGAGCAUGCAUUCGGGGAUCACGCCAAGCUCAAGGUGCAGCCGCAGUCAUCGACGUCAACUCAUGCAUGAAUGCUUGCAUGCGGUUCCCUCUGACCGAUAUAAGCUGCUUGAAGUGCGACAUGCAUGCAUUUGUCUACUGCUUCGUGUCUUGUCUGCAUCUCUGCCAGAUCGUAUGGGAGGACAUUCCGGUCGCAGAACGCCCGGAUAACUGGGACCUGGUAGAUGCGACGGCACAAGAACCGCGACGAAUGUGCGGAUGGACUUGGUGGUGGAGGUACGUUGAGGACCGUAGCACUGGGGAGUUAUACUCGUGGAGGGCUGUCAAGAAGGGCUGGCGGGGGGUGAACAGGCUCCGUGGUAGUCAGUGA